GGAAUUUCUUCACUGGCUGCUGGUUGACGUCGUCGAUAUCCCUCCGACAGCGCAAUCCACCCGCCCACGACCCUUGUCCUCAAUUCACCAUGUCGCGCUCGGCAUCGUACAAAAUCUACCAGGAGGUCUUCGCCCGAUGGCCCCAGCAAGCCCUUCGUCCGGACCACCAGCUCCAGGACGUCCUGGCCAAGGCCGUCGCCGAGCGAUACCAGAACUACACGCCCUCGAUGGAGGCCGAGGAGCUGUCCAAGGCCAAGGCGUUGCGGUUCCUCGCCCAGAACCGGUACAGCGAUCGGUUUGAGCUCAAGGGUCCAAUGCUUGAGCCCAAGAGCCAGCCUACGUACUUUGAGGACCUGGUUCGGGAGAUUGAUGAGGCUCCUAACCGGUCGUGGCUUGAGCGGUUGGGCAAGAGGCUCACCGGCAUGAUCAGAUUCCAGUAAUAUCAACGAAUGAACCAUCUCACGACAGCGACACGGACGCAAAAACGACAUAAAAGACGCCUAGGAUAAAGGAAUGUCAGGGCGCAACUAUAAACGAGGACGUCACGAGGAGAAAAGGCAUGGUUUGCCGGCGCGCAACGGAUACCCAUGAUACGACGUCUGGAU